AUGAAGAGGGUGCAGCUCCAACGAUGGAGCAGUACAGUCCUUUCGCCGCGCGCUCGGACUGUUAGCCGGCUGCAUCAACAUCUCUAUGGUGCCGGAUCGCGGUGCCAAUCGACCGCAUCUCCCCUACAGGUCGAUUCCAAUGCUCAAAGUAACCUUGGAGACGCGAGCUUCGAAGACGUUGAGUUGAUGAAGCAUGUCAGGAGUGCUCACAAGCGCAAGGGCAAUCUCAAAUAUCCCUCUCCUCCGGUCGAUGCCGCGAUCAAUUCCGCCAAACUCGCUGCUCUCCACGCUCGACUCUACCUUCCCUCCCGAUUACCUCCCCAGACACUCGCACGGGCAUUAGUCGAUGCCUCCGCCGAUCCGAAUGCUGAUUUCAACAACGAAUCGCUGGCCACACUUGGUCAUGACCUCCUCACCUACUACACCACCGAGCACCUCCUUUGCACCUACCCCCGCCUGCCCUUGACCGUCAUCUUCGCCGCAAUGUACGCCUACGCCGGUCCCAAAACACUCGCUGCGAUGGCCAGAGAAUGGGGUGUGGAACAUGCUUCAUUGCCCGGUGGAGAAGUUGACCCCGGCCUGCUGCAAUUCCGCAGGGUUGAGCCCGGCACCGACAUAGAUGCCACUCCCAACGCACGGACACCACGGCCGUAUGCCGCCCAGAAAGCGUGGAGGAUGACAGUCACUUCGAAAAUCUUCUACGAUGACGAGUUUGGUGACGCAUUUAAGGGACCGGCAACCUCGGGUGAGGGUGUCACCGCUGAGCUCGCCAGUGCCACCUUCGUUCGCGCCGUUAUGGGUGCCAUCUACCUCCACGCCGGUCGUCCGGCAGCCAAGCGCUUCUUCGAGCAGCACUUCCUCUCCCGACACCUGAACAUCUCCGAGCUGUUCAACUUCUCCCAGCCCGCCCGCGACUUGGCUAGGCUUUGUGCCCGCGAGAACUUCGAGCCCCCCGUUGCCAGAAUUAUUAGCGAGACCGGGCGGAAGAGCAGACACCCUGUCUUCGUGGUUGGCAUCUUCUCUGGUCAGGACAAGCUGGGCGAGGGCGCUGGCGCCAGCCUGAUUGAGGCCCGGGAGCGCGCUGCUCUUUCUGCAUUGAAGGGAUGGUAUCUCUACAGCCCGCUCAACGUGCGCGUGCCCAGCUCCAUGGAAGAGGAGGGUGCCGCGUCGUGGAAGCCCGUCUAUGUCGACCUGGGUGAGGUCAUCGUCUAA